GUCGGUGGUCGGCCAUCGGAGGAGUGACAUCUGGGAUCGAAACGGCCCCCGAAAUCGGUAUCUUCGACGUCCGACGUACAUCGUAGCAAUCGGCGCAGAAUAUUGCCUGCCAGAUACGAAAUUGACUUCCAACUCUCUUCCCAACCACAUGAUGGACGGAUCCAGCGCGACCCAGCUCAACAACUCUGCAGCAGCAGAAAGAAGGCGCGACGCGCUCCCACAGAAAGGCUGAAUUUCUUACACGCAGCAUCUGACUCCCCGCUGUCGAGUCGAAUUAUUUCCAAGAUUCACGUAGCGGGGCGCAAGACAUUGGACCACGCCGAUGGCGCCGUGUCUGAGCGUAUUCAUCACGGAGCAACCCCCCCCGAACAGACCCCCGCAAGAUAGCAACGGCGCGAUCGCUUGCAAGCAGCCCGUUGACCAUGUGGACACCAUUUCCAUCCUCAGUACUGAGUAUCAGGAACCUCGUGCAAAAUCCUUUGCACAUACCCAGCCUCAUCUCCGUCCAUCCUUCGCGCUACAACCCCCUACACCUAAGCCUAAGCCUAUGAGCACCCUUCCCUUCUCAUCUAGCCCCUCUCCCAGAGAACCACCCUCUGCAGAAUGCACCCCAGCUCGGAGGUUCCCAUCCCAUAAUCCUAUCCAACCCUCUCACCAUCUAGGUACAUCGUCACUCCCCCAACCAAGUCGUUUCAGGCCCCACCCCCCACCUCCCGCACGAGUCAUUCGCGCACCCCAAACACCUCGCGCCUCGCGCCUCGACCAUCCCUUCCAUCCCGUUCCGUCCCCUUCAGCGCAAAAGCCAAAAGCAAAGGACACCACGCCACGCACGGGAACUAGAACUAGAACUACGCCAUCGCUUCGUAUCUCGCAGUGCCCACCGUCGACACGCGCCUCCAAUCCUUUGCUGUCCGUGGCGGCACCCGGCGUGCCGCGGCGUCCAAUCAUGCGCCGCAGCGCGAGGGAAGACGAACGGGAGGGUAGGCUAUACUAGCCUGGCGUUGAUGCGCGCGGGAAGGGAAGGGGAGGCAGCGCGCCGCUCGCAGCCGUUGCGCCUCGUGGUCGAGGUGAAUCGCAGAAUAGCU